UUUAAAAAAUAGAACUUCACCACCCUUAUCCCUUCUCUUUUUCAAUCUUAGAGCACUUCACUUUCACUUUCACCUUGAUUUUUUAUUUAUUUUGUUUUUGUUUCUCACCAUGACUAGCAUUUAUAAGUUGGGUGCUAUGCAACAACUGAUGAAAGGUGGAAAUCAUAUGCCUGGAAAUGUAAUAUCUGAUGACAGCAUUUUGGUGAAGAAAAUAGUGUCAGAUCAUGAUCCUGAGAGACUUGAUUAUGAUGUAAAGCCACUUCUAGAGAUUGUUGAGGAUAUUCUUAGACGUUCCACACUCAGUUCUGAUUCCGGACAUGUUUCAAUGGGUACCCUUUCACAUAUUGAUCAUGUCGAAGACAGAAGUCACCUUCCUGUCUACACAAACAGACUGGAGGCUUUGUCCGUUAAGAUUGAUCGGAUUUCUGUUGAGAUUUCCUACAAGAUUCUUUCUGAUAUAGAUGCACACUCCACAACAGUUUCAAUAUUUGAUAUGAUCACAACCUACGAGUGGGAUGUUAAGUUGGUUCUAGCCUUAGCUGCUUUCGCUCUGAACUAUGGUGAAUUCUGGCUUCUUGCUCAUAUUCACGAUACAAAUCAACUCGCCAAAUCAAUGGCAAUUCUGAAGCAAUUACCUGGUAUCAUGGAGCAUUCAAGCUCGCUGAAACCACGAUUCGAUACACUUAAUGAUGUAGUAAGUGUCAUAUUGGAGGUGACCAAGUGUGUCAUAGAGUUCAAUGCUAUUCAAACUCGUUAUAUUACAGAAGAUGUAUCAGCCUACACCACUGCCUCUAAUCACAUCCCAAUUGCUUGUUACUGGUGUAUCAGAAGUAUUGUGGCUUGCGUGGCUCAAAUUACAAGCCUCACUACACUUGGCUAUGAAAUCUUCACCUCUAAUGAUGCUUGGGAGCUUUCUACAUUGGCUUUCAAGCUCAGAAAUAUAGCGGACCAUCUCACAAAGCUACUGCAUAGCUGUCGCGAACACAUUGCGCAAGUGGUAGUUGCCGAAGCUUAUGGAAUCCUACGCGAUUUAUUUUCGAAACCGCACAUUGACAACAUGAAGAUCCUCAAGGCUUUGAUUUAUUCACAGGAUGACAUUUUGCCUCUAUACGACGGUGUUAUGAAGAAAAGGGUUAGCCUUGAGGGACUGAGAAGGAAGAAUGUGCUACUUCUAUUUUCAGGCCUGGAGUUCUCGACCGAUGAGCUUCUAAUACUCGAACAGAUUUAUAACGAAUCAAAGGCGCACGCACCGAGACAGGAAAGUAGAUAUGAAUUAGUUUGGAUACCAAUUGUGGACCAAACCUCUGAAUGGACAGACCAAAAGAAAAAUCAACUUGAGAAUAUGAGAGAGAGUAUGCCAUGGCACUCAGUGUAUGAUCCUUUAGUGAUAAGCAAGGCAGUGAUUUGGUUCAUUCAGAGUGAAUGGAAAUACAAGAAUAAGGCAAUUCUUGUGGUUUUGGAUCCUCAAGGGAGGGUUGCUUGCCCCAAUGCUAUUCACAUGAUGUGGAUUUGGGGAAGUGCUGCUUUUCCUUUUACAAGUUCUAGAGAAGAAAAUCUAUGGAAGGAUGAGACAUGGAGACUUGAAUUGCUUGUGGAUGGCAUUGAUACAGAAAUAUUGAAUUGGAUUAAGGAAGGAAAAUACAUUUUCUUGUACGGAGGAGACGACCCUGAUUGGAUAAGGAGAUUUGUGAAAGAAGCCCGGAGGGUCGCACAGGCGACACAGACACCCUUAGAGAUGGUAUAUUUAGGAAAAAGCAACAAGCGAGAGCAAGUGCAGAGAGUGGUUGACACCAUAAUCCGCGAGAACCUCUACAGUCACAGUUGGUCAGAGCAAAGCAUGAUUUGGUUCUUCUGGACUCGUCUCCAAAGCAUGCUCUUCUCCAAAAUCCAACUGAAACAAGUUGAUGACAACGACAUUGUAAUGCAGGAAAUCAAGAAGCUUCUUAGCUAUGACAAACAAGGUGGAUGGUUUGUUCUAGCAAGAGGGUCACAAAUUGUAGUGAAUGGGCAUGCUGCCACUGGUUUACAAGCUUUGGUUGAGUAUGAAUUAAAGUGGAAACAGCAUGCUGAUAGAGAUGGUUUUGAACCAGCUUUUAAGGAGUAUUAUGGGAAACUUCAUUCAGUUGCUAACCCUUGUUGUAGAUUUGAGUUCUCACAUUCAAUGGGGAGGAUACCUGAUCGACUCACGUGCCCUGAGUGUCGCCGGAAUAUGCACGUGCUUACUACUUUCCAGUGCUGCCAUGAUGACAAUGUGGAGGAAGAUUUUUUCGUUAGCAGUGUUGCUCCCCUUACCAAUUGAUGAUCAUUGGUUCUAUGCAAUUUCUUCCAUACAUGUUUGUGUGUCACAUGAUUUCUAUUUCAAAUUAAAAUAAAAUUGUUAGUUUAAAUUCAGCAUUUAACUCCCUUCUAGAAGUCACUAGACAGCUUUUUAUAUAACUGAGGUGGCAAAGUCAGUGGGAUUCUGUUAUUUUCCAUAACUAAUGUGUACUUAAUGGCAAUAAUCUAAUGAGAAACGUACACUAUCAUUAUUGAAUUCAAUCACUCUCAAUUUCCUCUAAA